UGAACAUGGUCCUUGCAAGCCGAAUUAGGCAGCACCGGAACACACUUAAUCAUUAAAUUGCAUAUUAGCAACACAACCUUCGAAAAGGAAUUCGAAAUAGUAAAAUCGUUUCUCAACACUAGUCGCGACUACCAUUUUGCAUUUCUGAUUUGACAGCGAAGCGAACGGCAGCAAUUCCCGGCAGCAACAACUUAAAAAGUUUAAUCGUGCGAACUAUAAUCAUUUUCAGUCGGUAUCGUGUAAAAUAUAAAGUUGGUAAGUUAAAAUACCGAAAAACCAACGUGCUACCAAAGUAUCGCUGCCCAACGUGGGACGUCAGCCUGCAAAUCGGCAUAAAACCUACCUACGCAUAUUAAAAAGGCGCAGAAGUACACUCGCCAUACAUACAUCUAUUGCGCCCAGCGUGGGAUCUACAAAACGCAACACCGGGGAACCGCAUUCCGUCGCUGUGCGAAGGCGCUAUUCCCGUGCAUACAAACAUACAUCAGCGCCCGCCGAGGGAGUCUCAACAAGCAUCUCCAAAAGAUCAGGGUGACCGGCCAGCGCGGGACAAAAAACGAUGAGUACCAAAAAACGUACUGUAUCACGUCGGGAUGGCAGAGAUCCCAAAAUCCACCAGUGUGUACUUUGCUAUCGCUAUCAUGCUCUGCGUUUUUGUAAACUCUUCCUCAAUAUGAACGUGGAUCAACGUAUUGGGGUUGCACGCAGUUUUAAAUAUUGCGUCAACUGUCUCGCCCGCACACAUGACGACUUAAGAUAUUGCGGCUCAUUGAAUACUUGCAGCCACUGCAAACAAUUACAUCACACCCUUCUUCAUCGUCCAAAACUAGGGAGGAAGAGGGAAGCACAGAAGACUCCGCACAAGCCGGAAAAAUACGCACGCAGUCAACCGGUGAAGGAUACUUGGAAGCCGAAAAAACCAAACGCACGCAAGCAAAUGGUAAAGGACACGCGUAGGCCGAAGAGAUCAGAUAAGCAGGUGGAUGUAGCAAUCCAGGCCAUGGAGCUGCUUCGGGUUAGUCUUGCACUCGUGCAAAGGGGGGCGCUAUGUUUAAGCGACUUACGUCCGCUUAAAACGCAACGCU